CAGUCAUUAUGACUACAAUUUGCUCUCUCUCUUUCUCUAUCUCGUGAGUCUACACUGUCUAUAUAAGUAUGAGUUUUGGUCCUUCCAUAUGUUCUACUACAAAGAAAAGCAAGUUAAGAAGCUGCAGGGAAUAAGAAUGUGUAUCAGUGCAACAGAGAGCAGCCCAUUUCAUCAAAUCCAUACUUCCAAGAACAGGAGACGUUUGAAAAGAUCCAAACUUCAAGUUCAGAGGCUCACCAGCAGGAGGAGAUGCACUGAGGAGAAGGUGGGGAAGGAUAUUGAGCUGAAGAAUCUACAGCUAUAUCUGGAGAAUCAGACCAUAAUUGAAGAGAAUGAGAAGCUGAGAGAGAGAGCCAAUAUUCUUCAUCAAGAGAACUUGGCCUUAAUGACUGAGUUACAGAAAAAAUUCCAACAUUUGGAUCGCUUUGACACUGCUCUUUUCAUUCUUUUUCAGAGAGAGUGAUGGGAAUCAUCAGGGGGGUGACACAGGGUUCUCUUUCUCUCUAUCUCUCUCUAGGAAGGAGUGACAAGUCUUGAGUGAUUUCUAAAUGUAUUGAACUAUUUAUUCAAUAUAUAUGUGCAAUUAUCAAGAGU